AUGCCCCACAUUCGCGCUUUCUAUACCAAUCGAGCUAGUGAGGCUCCAAGCGAGCUUCCUUGGAAGCGUAAAUACGGAGCUAUUACUGCCAUAGCCAUAGCCUCUGGUGCGGGCGCUGUAAGCGCCACAUUCACCGCAACCGCCUCCACCAACGCUUAUGCUGCAGCUGCAGCUGCAGCACCUGGUGCGACUGACACUACGUACAUGUACUCAAAGACGACCGUGGAGGAUGGGAGUUCGUUGCCCAGUGCGCAGCCCUCCAACGAGAGGUUCAAGGGGGCUAGCAGUGAAGACAAUGAGCCACCUGCUACAAGCUCCUUCAAGGUAGCCCCCGUGUCGAGCCGAGUACAGGAAAAGAUCAGAGUUGGUUCCUUUGAAGGAGCGUAA